CGACGAGAGAAACAACUACGAGCUUGUGUUUCUCACGAGGAGUCUUCGUUCUUCUACCGUUAUUGUGUAAGGAAAAUUUUCGAAUUUUUCUCAUAGAAACCUGCCAAUUUCCAGGAUGAGUGGUGAGGCUCCGAGAAAUCUGGGCAACCUUCCGGCCCUGCUCAAUUUCUGCGUUCGGAACACGGCAACCGAAGAUGCACCAAGCGCGCCGACCGGAGAAAUGGACCCCGAGAGAAGGAAAUGGCUAGACGAUGCUCUUUUGGAAAUGACCAUCUCGCCGGUGGAGGAGAUGCAGAAAAACCUCAAGAUGAUUCGUGACACGUUGGACCAAGUGAACGAGUCUGCGUCACCGCCGAGUGAGGAGGCCUGCAGCACACUUCAGUCGGCGCUCGAAAACAUUGUGGAAUAUGUGUGCUCCAUCGACUGUGCAAACGAUUUCCACAAGAUUGGUGGAUUCGAAGUGCUGGACCCGCUGCUCCACUUCCCCGAUGCGGUGGUGUGCUCCAGAACGUCGGCUCUGAUCGCAGAGCUCGUCCAGAACAACCCCUACUGUCAGCGGGAGGCAGCCGGGCACCUCAAGACACUUCUCAAGCUGAUUGACACUGCCGAGGACGAGAAUGUCCGCAUCAAGGCCCUCUAUGCGGUAUCCUGCAUGGUGCGGCACAACUUACCGGGAUACUUGGAGUUCGAGAAGCAGAACGGCCUGGCAGUGCUGAUGCGGACCCUGCAGAGCAACGUGCUUCGCCUCAAGGCCAAGGCCUGCUUCCUGCUGUCGUCCCUGUGCUCACAGCAGACGGAAAGCAGAGAAACCUUGCUCCAGAUGGGGUUCGUGGAGCAGCUGGCUGCUCUGCUCCGUCACGAGCAGGGCCCCCACAGGGAGCACCUGCUGGGAACGCUGGCCACCCUCGUCACGGAGUGCGCGAGCGCGCGGGAUGAGUGCCGUCGUCCAGAGCUGCAGCUCGAGGCCACCCUCCGAGAGUGCGUCGGCUCGGCGAGCGGCAGGGAAGAGUGUCGCGAAGAGAGGGACCACUGCGCGCUGAUCCUCGCGACUUGUUUCAAUGACCGUUCCCACGAGGCCCCAGAGAUGGACAGGGCCUUGACGCUGUUCCAGAAGAUACUGUAAGGCGGCUCCAGGACCUCCACUUCGGUGCGCACCAGGUUUUCAUUGUAAGGCCCUAUGAGACAGAACUGGUCACCCAACU